AGCGUCGAGUUUUGGCUGGAGGAUUCUGUUAUUUUUGUUAGGUACUUCCUUAAGGUACCUUACCUAUCAAUACUAUUCAUAUUUCCUGUUUAUGUCCUGUCGAUUGUUUAAGAAUCUACCUACCUCUGGCAAUUGAGGGGCGACUGUUCAUGCCAUCUCGUUGAAAAUGUCAGAAUCCGACGUAAAGGAGGGGAAGUCCAACAUCAAUUUGAUUGAAGAAUGUGACAAUUUCCCAUACUGCCAAAGAGAUUUGGAUACUUAUAUGCAGUAUGUCUCGACAUAUUACCACUUCCGGGUGCCUUCCUGCCCUCGAACAUUGGGAUACGUUUUGCCCUCAGUUGCGGAAGUAUUUCGAAAUCUGCCCGACUGGGAAGUGGACGACUUCUCAACUCCCCGCACGCUUACUUUAAUAUUCGGGGAUGAUGCCGUAUUCCGGUCGGCGGCAGUUGCUCGUACUGUCCAAGCGAUGCGGGAGACGGGUCAUUUCCAGGUUCUAGAAGGAUGGCGAGAUGAGCUUUAUCCUGUCUACGACUCCGAUGGGAGCAUUCUGUUUAGCUUGGAGCGGUCGGCAUCGCCCUUAUUCGGAAUAAUCACAUACGGCGUUCAUAUGACAGCAUUCACCAAGUCGAAUUCGUCGUAUGGGCUGAAAAUUUGGGUCCCGCGACGAGCCAAGAACAAGCAGACAUACCCGGGCAUGCUGGACAACUCGGUGGCCGGUGGAAUCGCGUCCGGCGAGAACAUCUUCGAAAGCCUGGUCCGGGAAUGCGCGGAAGAAGCGUCGCUCCCAGAAUCCGUGGUGCGAGAGAGCGCACGGCCAGGCGGGACAGUCACCUACUUCUACCUGCGCGAUGCGAGGGCUGGGGGGGAGACGGGACUCAUGCAGCCAGAAUGCCAGUAUGUGUAUGAUUUGGAGCUACCUGAAGACGUCACUCCGAAACCAGGCGACGAAGAAGUACAGGAGUUCUAUCUUUGGACAGUGGAGGAAGUGCAGGAGGCUUUACGGAAAGGAGAGUUCAAACCCAACUGCGCUCUGGUCAUUUUGGACUUCUUCGUGAGGCAUGGGAUUAUAACCAGCGCGAACGAGAAGCAUUAUAUCCAACUCGUAUCGAGGCUUCAUCGGCAUCUCGAAUUCCCAACUCCCUAGAGAAUUCAAAGGCACCUCCAACCUUGGCUCUGACGCUGCCGUUGCUCGAUGGCAAGCAGCACAGUUUGAGCCAGAUCUGACGCGGGAGACCCUUGCGAAUGGAGGUCCGCGGCACGUUCUUGAAAACCGUCACAACAGACAUAUAGCCGAUAGACAGAACCUCAUUCUCAUUUCUUCAAGAGCAAAUAGAUGUAGUCGAUGCGCAGGGACGUCAAUCGCUUAUACGGUCCUUCAAGAUAGAGGAGG